GACUUGUUGCCUUUUCAAUUUUCCAGAUGAAUUUACUGUAAAUGCUACUUAUAGCUGUUAAAGAUCUCAAGGCAGUAGCAAAACCUUUCCUUUUCUCUCUCUCUCUCUAUAUCUUGGAAAUAUUCAAAAAUUGUACUAGCUGCAAGAACUCAAAUGUCUUCCAACCAAGGGAAACCUUUGUUUGUGAAUCAGGGAGGACCUGGUUCUAUACCAAUCAAAGCUGAAUUGCCAUGCUCAGAAGCUCAAAAAAGCAACCUUUCUGACAAAGAUUGUGUCUUGAAGACUGUGAUGGGUAUACUCAACCAGCCAACUCAGAAGAAAUUUGAUCUCCUCAAAGGUCAACUGAUAAUAUCGGGGAUUACUAGUGCAUACACUCUAAAGGCUGUUGUUUCCUUGAUAUUUGACAAGGCGAUACUGGAACCAACAUUUUGCCCGAUGUACGCCCAACUGUGUUCUGAUCUCAAUGAAAGGCUGCCUUCAUUUCCUUCAACUGAACCUGGUGGCAAUGAGGUUACGUUCAAGCGCAUUCUAUUGAAUAACUGUCAGGAGGCAUUUGAAGGUGCUCACAAACUGCGAGAAGAGGCAAGGCAAAUGACAGCCCCUGAGCAGGAGUCAGAACGCAAGGACAAAGAAAGGUUAAUCAACUUGCGCACUCUUGGGAAUAUUAAGCUUAUUUGUGAGCUUUUUAAGAAACAAAUGAUUCCGGAAAAGAUUGUUCAUUACAUUGUUCAGAAGCUAUUAGGAAAAGAUCGCAAAAUUUGUCCGGAAAAGGAGAAUGUUGAAGCCAUUUGUCAGGUCUUCAACAUCAUUGGUAAGCAGCUUGAUAAGAACAAAAAAUCAAGGCUCAUCAACGAUGUGUACUUUAAUCGGUUGAAGGAACUUUCAACAAACCCUCAGUUGGCUCCACGACUGAGGCUUAUGGUUUGUGAUGUGCUAGAUUUACGUGCCAAUGACUUGGUCUGUAUGCGGGAUGAGGUGAAAGCAAAAACCUUGGGUUUGGGUCCUGGUUCCACUGCUAGCAUGAGAAAUUCUUGUGGUCCUCCGGCUCAAGGGAGUUUGAGUCCUGGUGGCUUCCCUAUCGAUCGGCCAGGCGCUGUUGGUAUGAUGCCUGGAAUGCCAGGAAAUAGGAAGAUGCCUGGUAUGCUUGGGUUGGGUAACGACAACUGGAAAGUUCCUAGAUCCUGCUCUAUGCCAAGAGGUAAUGGACCACUGGUGCAGCAUGCUGGACGAUGUCAGCUAUCAUUGUUUGGCAAGUCGCCUGCAAUGAACACAAGACUUCUGCCUCAGGGUAGUGGUGGCAGGCCUAGUGUCCUUUUGCAAGGUAGUGGGGCUCCUCCUGCUGGCCCAUCGGGCUAUGGUUUUGGAAUGGAGCCUGCAUCACAGGUCCCCGGACCAGUUAGACCUCCUCCAACAACUGUUGUUUCUCCAGUUGUCGUAAAACCCCAGCCAACUCAGAAGAUAUUUGAUCUCCUCAAAGGUCAACUGAUAAUAUCAGGGAUAACUAGUGCAUACACUCUAGCGGUUGUUGUUUCCUUGAUAUUUAACAAGGCUGUAUUGGAACCAACAUUUUGCCCGAUGUAUGCCCAACUGUGUUCUGAUCUCAAUGAAAAGCUGCCUCCAUUUCCUUCUGAUGAACCUGAUGGCAAAGAGAUUACGUUCAAGCGCCUUCUAUUGAAUAACUGUCAGGAGGCAUUUGAAGGUGCUCACAUACUGCGAGAAGAGGCGAGGCAAAUGACAGCCCCUGAGCAGGAGUCAGAACGCAAGGACAAAGAAAGGUUGAUCAAAUUGCGCACUCUUGGCAAUAUUAAGCUUAUCGGCGAGCUUUUGAAGCAAAAGAUGGUCCCUGAAAAGAUUGUUCACCACAUUGUUCAGGAACUAUUAGGACAAGAUCCCAAAAGCUGUCCGGAAGAAGAGAACGUUGAAGCCAUUUGUCAGUUCUUCAACACCAUUGGCAAGCAGCUUGAUGAGAACCAAAAAUCAAGGCGCAUCAACGAUGUGUACUUUAUCCGGUUGAAGGAACUAUCAACAAACCCCCAGUUGGCUCCCCGGCUGCGGUUUAUGGUUCGUAAUGUGCUGGAUUUACGUUCCAAUAGCUGGGUCCCUAGGCGGGAAGAGGUGAAAGCAAAAACCAUCACGGAGAUUCACUCUGAAGCGGAAAAGACCUUGGGGUUGCGUCCUGGUGCCACUGCAAGCAUGAGAAAUUCUCGUGGUCCUCCUGCUCAAGGGAGUUUGAGUCCUGGUGGAUUCCCUAUCAAUCGGCCAGGCACCGGUGGUAUGAUUGGGUUGGGUAACGACAACUGGAAAGUUCCUAGAUCCUGCUCUAUGCCAAGAGGUAAUGGACCACUGGUGCAGCAUGCUGGACGAUGUCAGCUACCAUUGUUUGGCAAGUCGCCUGCAAUGAACACAAGACUUCUGCCUCAGGGUAGUGGUGGCAGGCCUAGUGUCCUUUUGCAAGGUAGUGGGGCUCCUCCUGCUGGCCCAUCGGGCUAUGGUUUUGGAAUGGAGCCUGCAUCACAGGUUCCCGGACCAGUUAGACCUCCUCCAACAACUGUUGCUUCUCCAGUUGUCGUAAAACCUCAAGUUCCUGCUGCAAGUUAGACACCUGAUGAACUAAAGAGAAAAAACAGCUUCUCUUCUGGAGGAAUAUUUCAGUGUUAGGCUUCUGGAAGAAGCUUUGCAGUGUGUUGAGGAGCUCAAAUCACCAGCCUAUCAUCCUGAGGUUGUCAAAGAAGCAAUAUCAAUUGAUCUAGAAAAAAUCCCACCACGUGUUGAACCAGUUGCACAGCUUCUCGAACACUUAUUUAUUAACAAGGUUUUUACCACUGGGGACUUGGUCACUGGAUUCUUGAACUUUUCCUCUCUGCCGGUAGAUUUUGGUGACAUAAUUGCUAGACUAGUUUUGGAUGGAGCUUUCAACUUGAAGGUGGUCAAUGAGAUCCUGAACUUUCUUGUUUUGGAGAGCACUUAUUAGAAACUUUCUUGUUUUAUUCUAUGUUUAGAUCAUAGAGAUCAAUGUGGGAUGUCAAAGUAUAUGUAUGUAUAAACCUACUUGCUGUUAUGUUGACUAGGAACCAUCUUUUACUUGUCUUUUUUGUUGUAUUAAAUCUCAAUUCUUAUAAGAUACUAAUGUCGAGUCUAACUCAAUCCCAAAAGUUAUCUCAUGAGA